AUGCGCGCACGCAGAUCCGUGUCGAUGGAUUGCAUGGACCCGAUGGAUCAUGAAUCGAGGUUCCGGUCAGUUCUGAAGCAGUUGGAAGCUGCGCAUGAAGACCAGAUGGAAUACCAUGUUUCGAGGUUCCAAUCAUUGCUGAAACAGCUGAAAGCUGAGCAAGCUGAGCAUUCAGAAGAGGUCCAGAAGCGUGCCAAUUUGACGUGCAAGCUACCACGCCAAGUAGCAACACGGGCAGAAAUGUGUCCUGCGUCACAACCACUCAAGACAGUUGGCCGAGAGGAAGAGCUAUUAUCAGUACCACCACCAGCUGAAAGCAGUGUGGAUGAGCAUCAAUAUGUGCGGACAAGCAACAUUAUUGAGAUCUCUGUACCUGUUCCGGAAACUUCAGUUGGUGCUUCGAGCUUCAGUUGGUGCUUCGAGCUGGGAUGGCUCUUGGUCACUGUCUCCAAUUUUAUUUUUGUAGCAGUGCGCAUGCAGGAUGACUUCCUUUUUACAAAGGAUCAAGAAUCUGAAAAAACGCUUGAUGGACAUCGUUUUGUGCCGGUAUAUCCUUUGUUGCAUCACUUGUGGGUGGUCAUCGCAGGAAUAUAUGCAGUUUUAUGGACUUGGCAAGUAUUCCUUCGCUUCAGACGCCAGGCAUGGUCAGUUCUGAAAUCUUGGGUUGGCUGGCUGGAUGUUUUACUGGCAUUUAGUGCCUGGCUAGAGCUGCUGCUUGACGUCCUGCCUAUAAUCCUGCAAGAUCGAAAACUGCGGUUUGUACGAGUCUUGUACCCACUGUGCAUCCUGAAAUUCGUUCGCCCGGCGAGUGUAUUGGUGACAUCGAAGCGGGUGGAGCAUCUCGCUUCGCUCCAGAUGUUGCUCAAGGGUCUUGCGGCAGGGUUUCGUACACUUUGUUGGGCAUGGCUCGUGCUUCGCUUUGCGACCGUCAGUGGAGCUCUCCUAUUGCUCGGCCUUAUCACGUCGGAAAUGGAUCAGUUUGGCGAAAUGGUCUCAGAGAGAUUGUUUGGCGAUGGGCUUUGGGCCCUCUUGGAGAUCAUGUGGGGCGCCAUGGACGGGGUGGACGUGGACACUGAGUAUCUUCUGAAUGGUGUAUUUGGUGCUCCCGUAUCCAUUUUUUUGGCGGCCUACAAAUAUUUCCUGGGCUUUGCAUUCCUGGAAAUCAUCGCCGCUGUGCUGGUGAGAAUUGCUAUGGAGCUAUACGCAAAGGAAGAGGCAGACGCUGAGGCAGAAAAGGCCAAAACUCAAGAUGCUUACCGAGAGUCUCUCAUUGAGCUCUUUGAGGACAUAAACUCUUCUGGCACUGGCCGAAUCAGCUUUGCUGAGUUGAGUGAGCUCGUUCAGAGACCCGAACUUCAGAACAGACUAGAACAACUUGAAAUCAAUACACGCGAUAUCUCGUGUUUGUUCUGGAUGCUAGAUGAUGGAGAUUCUGAAAUUUCACUUGAAGAGUUUGAAGAUGGCAUUUGGCGCUUGAAGGGGCCUGCACGAAACUUCGACCUUGCAAAGUUGGAGAGAGAGGUGCUCAAGCUGAGCCACAAAUUUGAUGUCAUUUGCGCCUCUACAGGAAUCGCUGUCCCAAGGUUGAGCUGUAGGAUGUCCAAGCAAUCCCUCAAGACUGUAUCACGUUUCAAUUCACAACAGUCUGAUGAAUUCUGUCAGGUUAGUAUCUAG